AUGCAACCACAAAUUUUUAAUUUGCGCAAUGCUCGAAAUCCAAUUGGCACGGGAAAGAAAUCAGUAAGAACUAAAAAGACUGUCCCUUCUGUUCAUCCAUUGACCGAUAAGAAAUUGGGUGUUGAGCCGCCUGGUGGAUUUGAAAAUGGUUCCAUUAGCGGUCAAAGCAAGGCAGCUCCACCUUCCUUUCACAACUCUACGAACAAAGCCGGACAUGGAGAGCGGCGAAGAGCUCAGCCGUUUGGCGAGCGUGUGGCGGGCUACAGUGCCGGCGAUGCGCCGGAGAAGCGGAAGAACCCGGAGCUGUAUACAGGUCUUAAGAAGCCCGAAGUCCUUGCGCCAGUGGGCGGCUGGCCGCAAUUACACGCAGCGGUGGAAAACGGCGCGGAUGCGGUGUACUUUGGGCUGGAGGACUUCAACGCACGUGCGCGCGCCGCUAACUUCAGUUUGGACGAGCUACCUGACGUCAUGUCGUACCUGCAUGCCCGUGGCGUCAAAGGCUUCGUCACAUUCAACGUUCUCGUGUUCGAUGAGGAGCUCCCCGCGGUGGAAGAACGCAUCCGUGCAAUGGCGGCCGCCGGCGUCGACGCUGUCAUCGUACAGGACUGGGGCGUAGUAGAGCUGAUGAGGCGUGUAGCCCCCUGCCUGCCGGUGCACGGCAGCACUCAGAUGAGCGUCACCAGUGCGGAGGGGGCGGCCUGGGUUUCGGAGCUGGGGGUGGAGCGCGUGGUGGUGGCUCGGGAGCUGAGCGUGCGGGAGAUCGCCAAGGUUCAUGACGGUGUGCCUGGUACGGAAGUGGAGGCGUUCGUACACGGCGCUCUGUGCGUGUCGUACAGCGGCCAGUGCUUUAGCAGCGAGGCCUGGGGAGGCCGCUCUGCCAAUCGCGGCCAGUGUGCGCAGGCGUGUCGGCUGCCGUACGGCUUGCUUGUGGACGGGGUGUUGCGGGAGCUUGGCGACAUCCAAUAUUUGUUGAGUCCUCAGGACCUGAUGGCCGUUGAGCAGGUCCCCGACCUCAUCUCGGCGGGAGUCAGCUGCUUCAAGAUCGAGGGCCGACUGAAGGGCCCCGAGUACGUGGCGCUGACCACUCAGCCCAACCUAGCUGAGGAACCUAACCAUGGCAUGCGUAGCCUGUCUCCCUCCGCUGCAAGCGGUGACCUAACGUACAACCAACUGCCAACCAACUGCCAACCGACCGCCUGCCAGGUCUUUGCUCGCGGACAGGACGGCGACCAUCGCGGACUGACGCCGGGCUUCCUGGAGGGUGUACGACAUCAGCGGUUGGUACGAGGCCGCGCGCCGCGGCACCGGGGGGUGUACCUGGGUCGAGUGGAGGCGGUUCCUUCUCCCAGAAGAGUGGUUCUGGAGCUGCAGGCGCCACUCAAACGCGGCGACGGCGUGGCGUUCGACUGCGGACGUCCGGAGGACGACGAGCCCGGCGGCGUCGUGUACGACAUUCUCGAUGCCAAGGGAGCCGGGCCCGCCGCCGCCGGCGGUGGCAGCGACUGGGGCUCCAACCGACCCGUGGGUCCUGGGUCAAGAGUCACAGUGGUGCUAGGGCCCCAGAUCCAGGGGGGUGCGAUGCAGGGGAUCUCUCCGGGGCAUUUAAUGUGGCGUACGAAAGAUCCCGCCCUGGAGUCGCGCCUCCGCGCGUCGUACGACAGCCUCGCCGCCGCGAACAUGCGCCGCCUGCCGGUGACGGCGGCCGUCGCCGGCGCCGUCGGCGCGGCGACGCGGCUGCCGCUGGUGGCGGCGGCCAAUCGACCGUUGACGGCGGAUGACGUGGCGCGUGCUUUAGGGCCGCAGCUAGGCGAGCCGACGUUGGCGCUGGCGGGCGGAGUGGACAUGACGGGUUUAGGUUUGGCGGCGGGUUUGUUCAUGCCCGCCUCCGAGAUCAAGUCCGUCCGGCGGCAGGCUGUUGAGGCGCUGCUGGCGGCGCGACGUCAACACCCGCGCGCCGAUGGCCUCGCCGAGGCACCCGUACUGCCGGACAUGCUGGCUACAGCCAGGGCGGCGGCCCCGCCACCACAAGUGCUACGGCUCCUGUCAGACCUAUCGUGUUCGGCAACUGCAGCAGCAACAACAACAACAAAAAGAACCGUAACAGCAGCAGCGACGGCGGCGGCGGCGGCAGCGGAUGCCGGUGUUGAGGAAGGGUACGACAACGGCAACGAUGACGUCUCCUGGACGGCUAGCGGCGGCGGCGCCGCCGCCGCCGCCGGUUCCCGCGGCGGCGCACCUGACGUGUGCAUCCGCGUGUUGUGUCGUACUCGCGAGCAAGUUGACGCGGCGUUGCAGGUGCAGUGGCUUCGUGAGGUGGUGGUGGACUUCCUGGAGGUGCAAGGUCUUAAGGAGGCGGUUGCGGCGGUUCGUGCCUCGGGCCGAAGGGUAGUGGUGGCGACGCCUCGCGUGCUCAAGCCCGAUGAGCAGCGGCUGUGGCUCUUCUACCUGCGACUGGGCGCCGACGCCCUGCUGGUCCGCAGCGCCGGUAUGCUGCACCAGCUGCAACUGCUGGGCGGUCCCGGCGCUGUCGUACCGGACGUGCCGUACCCCAUUCCCGCACUGGAGGGUGACUUCAGUCUCAACGCGGCCAAUGUCCUCUCUACGUCCCUUCUGCUCCGUGGUGGCGGAGCCGCCGCCACUGCCGCCACUGCCGCCGCCACUGCCGCCAGUGCCGCCACUGCCGCCGCCCCCGCUUCUGGAACUGGAACUGGAACUAGCAGCGACAGUCCCGGCAGCGAAAUCGGCCAUGGCGGCAGCGCAGCGGUCUGGCGCGGGCUUAGUCGUCUGGCUCCCACCCACGACCUCCACGCGGGUCAGCUGGCGGCGCUGGCUGCCGGUCUGGGUCCGCGGCGGGCGCAAUUGGAAGCCAUCCUGCACCAGCACCUGCCCAUAUUCCACACGGAGCACUGCGUCUUUUGCAGGUUCCUGUCCAGCGGCAACAGCUACAAGGACUGCGGUCACCCCUGCGAGAGCCACCGGCUGCACCUCCGAGACAACGGCGGCGCGGACCAUUUGGUGCUCGCGGAUAUGGGGUGCAGGAACACGGUGUUCAACGCCAAGGCGCAGUCGGGCGCUUUCUACGUGCGCGACCUGAUAAAAGCUGGCUACCGUACCGUACGGAUAGAACUGGUGGACGAGCAGCCACAGUACGUAGCUCCACUGCUCGAGGGCUACAGAGAUGUAAUCCUCGGCCGUCGCGGUCCCGGGGACUUGUGGCGUUGGUUGGGCACAUUACCGGACGCCAACGGUGCCGUACACGGUGUCGACGCAGGCUCACUGCAGUCUUUUGUCCUGAUCCUGACCUAA